AUGUAUGUAUAUAUAUGGGCUUGGCUAGAAAAGAGAGAACAAUUCACCAAGAAGCUGAGAAAUUGUAACUAAGGUAAAAGGAAAUAAUGGAAAAGAAACAUGAGCAUGCUGUUCGAUGUCAUCGGAAGAAGGGUGGACUUAGAACCAUGCCCUUUAUCUUCGCAAAUGAGAUAUGCGAGAAGUUAGCUGUAGUUGGUUUUGGUGCUAAUAUGAUCAGCUACUUAACUCGAGAACUACAUAUGCCAUUAACAAAGGCAGCCAACACUCUGACUAACUUCGGAGGAACCGCAAGCUUGACACCAUUACUCGGUGCCUUCAUCUCUGAUGCUUAUGCUGGCCGAUUCUGGACUAUAACUGCUGCUUCCAUCAUUUACCAAAUAGGGAUGAUAAGCUUGACUCUGUCGGCAGUUCUUCCUCAAUUAAGGCCACCUCCAUGUAAAGAAAAUCAAGUAUGCCAAGAAGCUAAUUCAGGACAACUUGCAAUACUCUAUAUAUCUCUCCUCCUAACGGCAGUCGGUUCUGGUGGAAUCAGACCAUGUGUAGUAGCAUUUGGAGCAGAUCAGUUCGACGAACGUGAUCCUGAACAAAAAACUAAAACUUGGAACUUCUUCAACUGGUAUUAUUUUAGCAUGGGUGUUUCAAUUCUCGCGGCGGUAACAGUUAUCGUAUAUAUUCAAGAUAAUAUUGGUUGGGGAUGGGGACUUGGGAUUCCUGCAGUCGCUAUGCUUCUAUCUAUAAUUGUUUUCAUUUUUGGCUACCCACUUUACCGAAACUUGAAUCCUUCUGGUAGCCCUUUUACUAGGUUGUUACAAGUCAUUGUGGCGGCCUUCAGAAAAAGAAACUCGAAGAUGGUUUCAAAUGAUACAGUGCUUUAUGAAAAUGAAGAACUUGAUGCUGCUAUUUCUUCAACCGGGAUCCUUAUUCACACCAAACAGUUAAGCUUUCUUGAUAGGGCGGCAAUAGCAAGUGAAGAAGAUUUUGAAACUAAGACAUCAUCACCAAACUUAUGGAGACUAAGUACAGUCCAUCGAGUCGAAGAAUUGAAAUCCGUCAUCCGAAUGGGACCAAUUUGGGCUUCAGGGAUUCUUCUAAUAACAGCAUAUGCACAACAAAAUACAUUCUCAUUGCAGCAAGCUCGAACAAUGGAUCGACACCUUACCAAAUCAUUCCAAAUUCCUCCCGGUUCAAUGUCGGUUUUCACGAUUGUUACCAUGUUAGUAACAAUAUCAGUGUACGAUCGAAUUUUGAUCAAAAUUGCAAGGAAGUAUACCGGUUUAGAUCGAGGAAUAUCCUUCUUACAUCGAAUGGGUAUCGGUUUUGUUAUAUCGGUAUUGGCUACAUUUGUUGCCGGAUUCGUUGAAGUUAAACGUAAAAGUGUCGCUAGAGCCUAUGGUUUAACUGAUAACAAAGAUACGUUCAUACCAAUAUCAGUUUUUUGGCUUGUUCCACAAUAUGCACUUCAUGGUAUGGCUGAAGCUUUUAUGUCAAUAGGGCAUCUUGAAUUCUUUUAUGAUCAAGCUCCUGAGAGUAUGAGAAGUACAGCUGCUGCACUAUUUUGGACUGCUAUAUCAGCUGGGAACUAUUGCAGUUCAUUGUUAGUUUCAUUAGUUCAUAAGUAUAGUGCAAAGGUUGGAGGUACCGACGGAGAAUCAUCAAAUUGGCUUCCCGAUGAUAAUAUUAACAAAGGAAAAUUAGAGUACUUCUACUGGUUGAUCACAUUAUUGCAAGUUAUAAAUCUUGCUUACUACGUUAUAUGCGCUAAGUUUUAUACGUUUAAGCCAAUCCAAGUUCGACUUAAAGAUCAAGAAAAGGGCGAAGCUUUGCAAGAUCAAACCAAACAAGGAAUCGAGCUUGGUAGGAUAUAGUAACUGCUAGCUAGAGAUUCAGUCAAGUGUCAUUUGAUUUACUCCUCACUCUCUAGCUUUCUCUCUCUCUAGAUUUCUGUCUAUGCACACAAUUAAGAGAUGAAGAGUGCUAAUUAAUAUUUCAUGUACUAAAUAGAAUGGAAGUGGUUGCAAAAACUUAAUUAAAUAAUUAUUCACAUCAUUCAA